AUGGUGCUCUGUAUGUGAAUGUUACGAAUGCUUGUGUUUUGUGUGUUUGCAUGUGCGUGUUGAAUGGGAAUCACGACACGAGUGACGUGGAUGGGGGAGGAGGAGGAGGAGGAGGAAGCUGCAUCUGCUACUUAGUUGCUGAUCUGCUCGGCUUCUGAUCGCAUCUUCAGCACCUCGCGCGCGCGGUCUGGCGGCCUCAGUUGUCCUUCAACUUUGUGCUCACUUUCUGCUUUUUGUUGUUGUGGACAAUCGGCCAGACUGGAGGCGCUCAGCGCUCGUGUGGACGGUACCGUGGUGGUGGUGCCGCCGGGCCACGCGGACAUGGAGCAUUUCGACGACCGAGCUCAGCGCCACGGCGGCCGCGCCGGAUCCGGGGCCGGGACGCGCCUCAACGGCGUGCACAGCCCCACGCACAGCGCGCACUGCAGCCUGUUCCGCGCACCGCGCACCCUCAAGGCCCUCAGCGCCGAGAAGCGAGCCAAGAAGGUGCGCUUCUACCGCAACGGCGACCGCUUCUUCCACGGCAUCGUGUACGCGGUGUCCGCCGACCGGUUCCGCACCUUCGACGCGCUGCUGGCCGACCUGACGCGCGCCCUCUCGGACAACGUCAACCUGCCGCAGGGUGUGCGCACCAUAUACACGCUGGACGGAUCAGGACGCAUCGGCAGUAUCGAUCAGCUGGUCGAGGGCCAAAGCUAUGUGUGCAGCUCGGUGGAGGCUUACAAAAAGGUGGACUACACCAAAAACGUCAACCCCAACUGGUCGGUGAACGUCAAAGCGUCGGGCGCGGCCUCGGCCCGCGGGCCGCCCGCGCUGGGCAGCGCCAAGGUGGGCACAGGCGGGGGCGGCGGGCUGCCCGAGAGCCGCGAGAACAAGGACUUUGUUCGACCCAAGCUGGUGACGGUGGUGCGCAGCGGCAUGAAGCCCCGCAAGGCGGUCAGGGUUCUGCUCAACAAGAAGACGGCGCACUCCUACGAGCAGGUGCUCACCGACAUCACCGGCGCCAUCAAGCUGGACUCUGGAGUGGUCAAGAAGAUCUUCACGCUGGAGGGGAAACUGGUGACGUGUCUGCAGGACUUUUUUGGCGACGAGGACGUGUUUGUGGCAUGCGGACCCGAAAAGCUCCGUUACCAAGACGACCUGAUGCUGGACGAGACUGAGUGCCGGAUCAUGCGGCCCAUCAACUAUGCCAAGAUGUCUUCCAUCCGAGCUUCCCCCAAGGCGUUGAUCCAGACCCGGCGCAGCAAGUCCCCCGCGUCCGUGAAUGGGACGCCGGCCAGUCAGCUGUCCACGCCGCCGCAGACGGCGAAGUCUCCCAGCCCCUCCCCCGCCAGCCCGGCCACCCUCAGCCAACAACGGCGGGAUUCCCGGGGCUCCUCCCCCUCUGCGUCUUCCACGCAAGCGUCCAGCCCGGUGAACAGCGACGGCGCAGCGACCGACGAGGAAGCGGUGGCGGACGAGGUUCCGUCCGUGGCGGACGAGGUUCCGACCGUCCCGGCUUACAUUUCGGAGCGCUACAAGGUGGGCCGCAUGCUGGGCGACGGCAACUUCGCGGUGGUCCACGAGUGCGCCGAGCACUCGACGGGACGCCAUUACGCCCUCAAGAUCAUCAACAAGGGCAAAUGCAGAGGCAAGGAGCACAUGAUCCAGAACGAGGUGGCCAUCUUGCGGCGGGUCAAGCAUCCCAACAUCGUCCUGCUCAUCGAGGAGGUGGACACGUACGGCGAACUCUACCUGGUCAUGGAGCUGGUCAAGGGGGGAGACCUGUUCGACGCCAUCACUUCGGCUAACCGCUACACGGAGAAGGACGCCAGCGGCAUGCUGUACAACCUGGCCAACGCAAUCAAAUACCUCCACAGCCUCAACAUCGUGCACCGGGACAUCAAGCCGGAAAACCUUCUGGUGUACGAGCACGCGGACGGCAGCAAGAGCCUCAAACUGGGAGACUUCGGUUUGGCCACCGUGGUGGACGGACCCCUUUACACCGUCUGUGGCACGCCAACAUAUGUAGCACCUGAAAUCAUUGCAGAAACGGGGUACGGCCUGAAAGUGGACAUCUGGGCGGCUGGCGUGAUCACUUACAUCCUUCUGUGUGGUUUUCCGCCUUUCCGAGGGAGCAGCGAGGAUCAGGAGGUUCUCUUCGACCAGAUUCUGAUGGGCCAGGUGGAAUUUCCUUUGCCGUACUGGGACAACGUGUCGGACACAGCCAAGGAGCUAAUCCGAUCCAUGCUAGAGGUGGAGGUGGACCAGAGAUACACGGCCCUGCAGGUCCUGGAGCAUCCAUGGGUCACUGAUGAAGGUCUUUGCGAGAACGACCGGCAGCUGUCGGUGGCGGGAAAGAUCAAGAAGCACUUCAACACCGCGCCGAAGGUCGGCGACGACACCGAGGCGCUUAUUUGUUUGGACGGAAGUUUUUCUAUGCAGCGAUCCGGAUCUCUGGACUUCCACCAGCACCCGGCCAUGUACUGGAUAAGGCCUCCCCUGUUGAUAAGGAGAGGUCGCUUCUCGGACGAGGACGCCACCCGGAUGUGAUGCCUUCGCGAACCUGACAUGUCCCGCCCGAACGUCGGCCUUCCGCGUCUCCAUCUGCUCCGAAGAGGGAGGGAAUACCUUCAGAGGAAAAUGUACAGCAGGACAAAAAAAAAAAAGAAAAAAAAGCGAGAGAAUUCAUGGAUGUCUUUCCUAGAGGAGUAGUUUAUUUUGUUUCCAAGUUGUGUCAUCCGUCAUUGGCUUUCUGUGAUGGAACAUCCUUGGCAAUAUGGACCAAUGACCUUCAUCUUUUUUUUACACAUGCAUAUAUAUAUAUAUAGAUAUAAUAUUAUAUUAUGUACGUAGUUCCCUUUUUUCACAGAGAGAUGUUGUUGUCGAUCGAUCGGUGGAAGGAAGUCAGAAAAUGGAACAAAGACGAACCAUUGGUGUUGCCUUCCGGUGAUGUCGCGCGCACUGAGACGCUGCGUUCGGUUGCCAUUCGUACGUUUGAGUGCCGCUUUUUUUCACUGCUGGUGUGUAGCAAACAUGUUUCCGUGAUUACCCCCCCUCCCCCGAACUCACUAAAGGCCCCACCCCGAAGCAGACAAAGGUGUAACCUCGCUGAUGUCAAACAUACAGAACCAGCAGCACUCAAGUGGAUUUGUUUUUUUUUUUUUUUUUUUACUUGGCACCUGGAAAAACCUCACUCAUCAUCUUCAUUCUUCACGAGUUCAGCAUAACAGACACACCGUAGCGUCUAAAUAAUGUCUGUUAUUGUUCGUAUUACAAAAUCCGACGUGUUCAGUAUUGACUCGCAAAGAAAAGUCAAACGGGGGGGGGGGGGUCAUCUGGUCCAGUUGUGGGGUUUUAUAGCGCCACCGUCAAACUUCGCCGCCGUGCUCUGUCGAAAUGUCUCAAAAGAAAGCGGCAAAACAAAGAUGGCAGACUUCCUGUUUAUGGUCUGGCAUGGCUUAAAGGGGAAAUCCAGUGCUUUCCAUGAACUGUGUACCCAAUAAUUCAUGAA